AUGCUGCAUUUACACCUUGCGUUGUCUCUUCGUUCGUAUUAUCCUGCCUCCUCGUUUUUGCAGAUCCUGGCGGAUUGGUACCUGAGACAGGGGAAGGUGAUCGUGCUUGGCGACAAGUAUUAUUCGGCUCAAUAUAUGAACGACCACCCAAUCAAGGGCAUUGGCAACGCUGGCGCACAGGCGGUCGCAAAGAUGCUCCGCGAAAACCGCAGCGUUCAAGAGAUUUAUCUCCACGACAAGAGGAUUGGGGAGAUCGGCGGCCAGGCUCUCCUUGAAGCCCUGCGACACAACAGCCGUGUGCUUGUCAUGAACUUGAACGAAAAUCCCGCCAUCAGCGAUGAGGUCAAAAAGGGGAUCCAGGGGCUCUUGGAAGCGAACAAGGAGGCAGUCCGGCGGCAAAAGGAGGCAUUCUUUGCAACUUUGAAGGAGCUGCAGCGGCUGAGUGAGGCUAAACCGGGUAUGGGUAAGUCCAUCUUGGAUCGGCUGGAAGGCUGGACUGUAAACACAACAUGCAGCUGA